AUGACUAUUCGUGAAAUUAUUGGAAGCUGCGAAAGCAUAUACUGCAACUCAAUUGGAGCCGAGUACGAUCAUGUUUCUACACGCAAAGAACGUGAGUGGAUCCGCCAGCGUCUGGAGACAAAAGGUUCGUAUCAAAUCUCUCUUGAAGAGAAGAAGCGGAUCCUCGAUACGCUUGUAUCGACGACUGUCUUUGAAGAGUUCUUGUCAGCCAAAUUCCCUAAUGCGAAAAGGUUCAGUAUUGAGGGUAUUGAAAACCAAGUGCCGGCCUUGGAAGCAAUAAUUGACGCUAGCGCUGAAAAUGGCGUUCAGGAUAUUGUGUUUCCAUGCUGUCAUCGAGGCAAGUUGAACGUUCUUAGCAACAUUGGGCGAAAGCCGAAUGAGUUGAUCUUCAGCGAGUUCUCUCUUGAGUCUGAAUCGCGACACAACAUUCCCGGAGACGUCAAGUAUCACCUUGGCAUUAACUACGAGCGCAAAACACCGACUGGAAAAAGGUCAAUCUCUCGAUUCUUCCAAAUCCAUCUCACCUCGAGUCUCAGAACACGCUUGGCCAGGGAAUGGCUCGAGCUCCAUACCGACGCUUCCUUCUCAGGUCAGGGUGUAAUUUAUGAAACUAUGGGUCUGUCAGGGUUGAAAUUUUAUGAGACUGGUGGAACGGUUCAUUUGAUCAUAAACAACCAAGUCGGUUUCACCACGGACGCCGAGUCUGCGCGGUCAUCGCCUUAUGCCUCGGACAUUGCGAAAACCAUAGAUGCCCCUGUUUUCCAUGUCAAUGCUGACGAUGUGGAAGCUUCAGUCUUUGUUUGUAAAUUGGCAGCUGAUUAUCGUGCCCAGUUUGGAAAGGACUGCUGGGUUGACAUGAUCUGCUAUCGAAAGCAUGGCCAUAAUGAGAUGGAUCAACCUUUCUUCACCCAGCCUUUGAUGUACGAACAAAUCAAGAACAAAACACCUCAUUUGGAGCUUUAUGUUCAAAGGCUGAGUCAAGACGGACUUGUGACUUUUGAAGAGGUGAAGAAAAUGAAAGAAAGGGUCUGGAGAGAACUGACGGAGAGUCUGGAAAAUAGCAAUUCUCCACAAGCUAUUGAUCGCGAAUAUCUUAUGGAACCGUGGGGGGAUAUGAAGAGUCCCUCAGAGGUUUCCCAACAAAUUCUUCCCGAAAAGUCAACAGCGAUCACGCAAGGCGCGAUAGAUUCUGUUGCACGGGAACUGGGAGUUCCGGCAAAUCCAUUUGAAGUCCACAGCAGUUUGAAGCGCAUUCUUAAGAAGCGACAGCAGAGCCUGGUUGAAGGUCAGGAUAUAGACUGGGCUACUGCCGAGGCUCUAGCUAUGGGUAGUCUAUGUCUGGAAGGGAAUCAUGUCCGCAUCUCCGGUCAAGACGUUGAGCGUGGUACUUUCUCUCAACGACAUGCCGUGCUGCAUGACCAGAAGACCGGCUCAAAAUACAUACCCCUCAACAAUCUUGACGAUUCACAAGCCGAAUUUACCAUCGGUAACUCUUCGCUGAGUGAGUACGGCGUAAUGGGAUUUGAUUACGGCUAUUCUUGCAUGUAUCCCGACGCAUUAGUAAUGUGGGAGGCCCAGUUUGGAGACUUUGCCAAUAAUGCUCAGUGCAUCAUUGAUCAGUUUAUCUCUUCUGCUGAGAGCAAAUGGCUUCUCAGAAGUGGCUUAGUUUUAUCUUUGCCGCAUGGGUUUGAUGGACAAGGAUCAGAGCACUCCUCGGCUCGCAUGGAACGCUUUUUGCAACUAUGUAGUGAGGACGGUCGCAACUUUCCGACAGCCCAGCAAGUUGAACGAAAGUAUCAAGACGCCAAUAUGCAAGUAGUCUACAUGACCACACCAUCCAAUCUCUUCCAUGUUUUGAGACGACAAGUGCAUCGCGAAUUCCGAAAACCCUUGAUUUUACUUUUUUCAAAAUCACUUCUCCGAAAUUCAUUGGUCAAGUCUUCUGCUGCCGACUUCAUCGGAGACACUCGAUUCCAGCCGCUCAUUGCAGAUUCGGCAAUCGGCAAUUCAAUUAACAAGCCAUCCGAGAUCAAGAGAAUAAUCUACUGCAGCGGACAGGUAUAUUUCACGCUCUCCAAAUAUCGUGAUACAUAUGGAGUUACAGAUACCGCCAUCACCCGUCUUGAAGAGUUAUAUCCUUUCCCUUGGCAGGAAGUGAAUGACGAUCUUGCCCAAUACCCCAAUGUGACAGAUGUAGUCUGGUGUCAGGAAGAGCCGUUGAACGGUGGGCCGUGGGAGUUUGUAAGACAGCGACUGGAAACCGUUUUUGAUAAUAUGGACGCACACAAGGGUCUCGGAGUGCGAUAUGCAGGUCGAAAUGCUACCCCAAGCGUUGCAACGGGAUUUGCGAAGGAGCAUCGAGCACAGGAGGCAGCUUUAUUGAGAGAAGCUUUUCAAGUCUCAUGA